AUGAAUUAAAUAGUUUCUGGGAUUCAAUUUAAUGUAGGCCCUCGAUAUGAUGUAAAGAAAUUAUUGGGAGCUGGUGCUUAUGGACAUGUUGCAUUGGCUAUUGAUAAAAAAUAAACAGACCCUGAUUAUUAAAAAGUGGCUAUUAAAAAACUACACCUGGUGAGAGAUGAAAUAGAUGCUAAAAGAGUGUUAAGAGAAAUAAGAAUAUUACGAACAAUGAAACAUGAGAAUAUUCUUCGUUUGGAGCAUCUGAUUUAUGAUGACUCAAAUAAAGAAUUAGAGUUUGGAGAAAUAUAUUUAGUAACUAAUUAUAUGGAAGUGGAUUUGUAUAAAAUAAUAAAGAGUGGAUAAAAUUUGACUGAUUAACACUUCUAAUAUAUUAUGUAAUUUAUUAUUUAACAUAGGUAUCAAUUAAUUAAAGCAUUGAAAUAUUUGCAUUCAGCCAGCAUUGUUCAUAGAGACAUCAAACCAAGUAAUAUAUUAGCAACAGAAAAUUGUGAAAUAUGUUUUUGUGAUUUUGGAUUAGCAAGACAAAUUGAAGAAUUAGAAGCUGAAGAUAAUAGAUGUUAAAAUAUGCUUACAGAAUAUGUUGUUACAAGUAUUUUUAUUAUCAUUUUAAUAUAGGAUAUUAUAGAGCCCCUGAAGUUAUGUUAUCUUCGCAUGAAUAUUCUACUGCUAUUGAUAUGUGGUCUUUAGGUUGUACCUUUGCUGAAUUAAUCACGAGAUAAAUUUUAUUUAAAGGAACUAAUUAUAUUCAAAUGAUUAAAUUAAUCUUUGAUACGUUAGGAAAACCAGGCGAAGAAGAUUUGGCAUUCAUUACUAAUGCAAAUGCCAAAAAAUAUGUAAGUAGCUUAUAAACCAAAUAAAAAAUAUCUAUUGGCUCCGUUAUUAAAUAUUCUAACCCUUAAGCCAUAGAUUUAUUAGAUAAAUUACUUGAAAUUAAUCCCAAAAAAAGAAUUACAAGUGCUGAAGUAACUUUAUAUCUAAAUUAUUUAAUUUAGGCUCUUAAUCACCCCUAUUUAGAACCUAUUAGAGAUCCUGAUGAUGAACCAUCAUUUGAAGGAAAUCUAGAUUGCUAAUUUGAAAAUGAUAGCACUAUUUAAUUAAAAGAUUUAAAAGCCCUGAUUUUAAAUGAAGUUAAUAUAAUGAGAUAAAAAAACUCAGAACCAAUAAUUAAUGUUCAGUUAGAAAUUGAAAAAAGAGAAUAAAUAACUAAAAUAAAUUAAUAAAAAAAACAACAAUUGAAGCAAUAAUAAAUACAAUAGCAAUAAUGA